AUGCUUUCAAAGGAUUGUGAAAAAGGAAAUGGCCAGCAGUACAUCAAAGUAAAACAGGAGCCCUGCAGCUGCCCGCCCCACGGCGCCCUGCGCUGCCCUGGCCCGCGGGCCGGCCUCACCCGACUAUCACUCACCUAUCUCCGUAUCAAAGUAAUUCCAUCUCAAGCUUUCAGGGGACUUAAUGAGGUCAUAAAAAUUGAAAUUUCUCAGAGUGAUUCCCUGGAAAAGAUAGAAGCUAAGGCCUUUGACAACCUCCUCAAUUUGUCUGAAAUACUGAUCCAGAACACCAAAAAUCUGGUAUACAUCGAGCCUGGAGCAUUUAUAAAUCUCCCCCGGUUAAAAUACCUGAGCAUUUGUAACACUGGCAUUCAAAAGCUUCCAGAUGUUACGAAGAUCUUCUCCUCUGAAUUUAAUUUCAUUCUGGAAAUUUGUGAUAACUUACACAUAACCACCAUACCAGGAAAUGCUUUUCAAGGGAUGAAUAACGAAUCCAUAACACUCAAACUGUAUGGAAAUGGGUUUGAAGAAAUACGAAGUCAUGCGUUCAAUGGGACAACGCUGAUUUCCCUGGAGCUGAAGGGAAACGCACACCUGAAGAAGAUGCACCACGGAGCCUUCCAGGGGGCCACAGGGCCCAACAUCUUGGAUAUUUCUUCCACCCAACUACAGGCCCUGCCUAGCAAUGGGCUGGAGUCCAUUCAGAUGCUAAUUGCCACCUCAUCCUAUUCUCUAAAAAAAUUGCCAUCAAGAGAAAAAUUUACCAAUCUCCUGGAUGCUGUAUUGACUUACCCCAGCCACUGCUGUGCUUUUAGAAACUUGCCAACAAAAGAGUAA